GACUGCAUUGAGUGUGCGCCUCAAGCGUACACUGACCUCGCAAACACAACCUGCACCGAACCAACAGUCCAGGUAAGACUCUCCUUCGCGCGUGUAGAAGCGCAUAUUCUAGCUUCAGGCGAUGCUUGCCGUAUCGAUGCAGACUUGUAGCAUACAGCGGCGCCGACAACACUCGAAGCAUUUAAGCGUUCCGACGUGAGGGUGCGAGCACUAAAGAGGCGUUGCGAGUGACAGCAACGAGCACACAUAGUAGAAUGGGCGAGCAACGAUACUGGCAACAACGGAAUUGGCAGCUCUGUUACAGCGCAUCCACGUAACGUCCAGUCACUAACGCUGUCAUAUACAGGAUUCUUUUCAGCCCCUCGGAGAGUCAAGAGAUAUCGCAAUCAUGCAGAAAGCUGAGGCUCCUGCUCAGGCAAUGAGCGGCGUGAACGUCUCCAAGCGCCGCAAGUUCGUUGCCGACGGUGUCUUCUACGCCGAGCUCAACGAGUUCUUCCAGCGCGAGCUUGCUGAGGAGGGCUACUCUGGUGUCGAAGUCCGCGUCACGCCCACUGUCACCGACAUCAUCAUCCGCGCUACGCACACUCAGGAAGUCUUGGGCGAGCAGGGGAGAAGAAUCCGUGAGCUCACAAGCCUUAUCACCCACCGUUUCCGCUUUCCCCCGGAGUCAGUCUCUCUCUACGCUGCAAAGGUUCAGUCCCGUGGUCUCUCCGCUGUCGCCCAGUGCGAAUCUCUUCGCUACAAGCUUCUCAACGGUCUCGCCGUUCGUCGUGCCUGCUACGGUGUGCUGCGCUUCAUCAUGGAGUCCGGCGCCAAGGGCUGCGAAGUCGUCGUAUCCGGCAAGCUUCGCGCCGCCCGUGCCAAGUCCAUGAAGUUCACCGACGGCUUCAUGAUCCACUCCGGCCAACCUGCGGUCGACUUCAUUGACCACGCUACUCGCCACGUGCUUCUCCGUCAAGGUGUGCUCGGCAUCAAGGUCAAGAUCAUGCGUGCGUCUUCGUCCCCUUCAGACCCCGCUGGCGAGAAGGCUGGCGGCAAGGGUCUGCCCGACUCCGUCACCAUCAUCGAGCCGAAGGAGGAGCAACCCAUCAUGGCACCACGAUCUGAGGACUACGGCCAGAAGGCGGCACAGGCUCAGGCUUACCGUCAAAUGCAGGACCAACAGCAGGCUGCGACGGAGGACCAGGGCGGCGCGGAUGAGAAUGGGCAGCCCGCGGCUGGUGCACCGGAGUACUAGGAGCCCUCCUUCUAGCACUGCCAUGUCGGGACGUCUCAAACUCACCGUGGAGUAGUACGCAAGGUUGGUUCGAGCGGGCGUUAGGAGCUGUUACAGCAUGCUCAUCGUUGUCACAAGGUCGGCUAGUAGU